UAGCGAAACGUAGUCGGUUUGUCAAGAGAAAACAAAAGCGGGAAGAUGACGGUUAUUCUGAUUACUGUAUGGGAUAGUCACUACAGCUCGAAACUAGCAAGGCGAUAAAUUACAUUAAGCAUCAAGAUGCAUGUGCGGAUAAUCUCCUGAGAGAAAAAGUCAUAUCGCUCGAAAAAAUUAUCAUGUAUAUUAUUAGCAUAGAAACGGGAGCGACGACUACAUGUAUUCAUUGUAUAGAAACUUCGUCAUGUACUCGGGGAAGUCUCGAUUUUCUAAAUGGUUAUAUUUAGUGCAUAAAAAUUAUUGUCGAUUUGGAAAAGGAUACUGUAUAUAUUAUAGUUUGAUCAUUUUAAUAAAACUAGGCUUUAAUGCCUUAGUUAACGAUAAAAUUGGAGAGCAUAUUCCUGAGCAAGAUCAAAUGAAAGAGGCUAUUCUUCGAAAACGAAAGGAGAGGGCAAGACAAUUUUUCAGAAUUUGGUUGAUUCAUUCGAUCAAUAUUACCAACUUACAUUCACUGAUGAGUUUUGGUUAAAAAACGCAUUGAGAUAGAUGCCUUUAUAUAAAUGAAUGGUACAUGCAUCAUUUUUUAAAACAUUGGAAAUAUUUUAA